AAACCAAAGAGGAAGCUCCGCCGACCAAGCAUGUACGACGCAGCAUAAGCAUGAACGACGCAGCACCAGCAGAUGCAAGUACCCCGCGCAACUCCUUGGCCCUGAGUAAAUGUUGAGAAGUUAUUUUGCGAGACUUCUCUCCCAUUGUUGUGCCGUCGUUUCGUUCAUUCACUUCGUUUGGAAUGGGUCUACACGCCGAACACAGCCACGAGGCUGACGUGCAAGCUUAUCCUGCUGUCGAUGCUGCUUGGGAGUUUCUCGACAAACAUCGCAAUGCGCGAUUCGACUCCGCCGAUAUCAAAGCCUUACGGCAGAAGAUUGACUGGCACAUUGUUCCGUUGAUGUUUUGCUGCUACACAAUGCAGUUUCUUGACAAAGUUAUACUUAAUUACGCGGCAGUCAUGGGUCUGCCUAAAGACCUGCACCUGCAAGGAAACGAGUUCAGUAACGUGGCGACUUUUCUCUUCGUUGCACUUCUUUGCUUCGAAGUGCCCAACACGUAUUGUCUCCAAGUAUUUCCGGCUGCCAGAUGGCUCGGUGCAAACGUUAUGCUCUGGGGCAUUGCUACAGCCUGCGGCGCGGCCGCCCACAACUAUCAAACACUACUCAUUUCGCGCGUCUUCCUAGGAAUUUUCGAAGCGACUAUCGGUCCUUCUUUGCUACUGAUUAGCAGUCAAUGGUAUACCAAAUCUGAACAAGCUCCCCGCUUUUCUCUUUGGGGCUGUGGAACCGGCAUCGGCCAGAUAGUUGGCGGUGCCGUCUCGUACGGAUUCCAGCAAGUCAAGCCAGGGGCCGCGCUUGCCAGUUGGAGGAUCAUGUUUGUUGUGCUCGGCUGCAUCACUGUUGUGAUCGGCCUAUGCACGUUCAUGUUCCUGCCCGAUACACCAAUGCAAGCUCGCUGGAUGACGGACGACGAGAAGGUCAUGCACCUUAAGCAUGUUAGUAUCAACCAGACGGGCAUACGCGACCACAAGUUUCGACUGAGCGAGAUUUCGGAGGCGCUUGUCGAUCCGCAGGUCUACCUACUUGUCCUGGCAGUAAUUUUGCUAUCGAUUUCGAGCGGCGUGGUCACUACCUAUUCUUCCACGCUUAUCAGGAAUUUAGGAUAUAGCGGCCCUCGGGCCGCACUGAUGAACAUGCCGUCGGGCGUUGUCAGCAUCUUCUUCACAAUCUUUGUAGGCUACGGCAUCCGGAAGCAGUCACACCGCUGGGCGUGGAUUAUAGCUUGCAUAAUUCCUGCCAUCAUAGGCAGUGCUCUGAUGUCCUUUCUACCAAUAACUAACCGAUCAGGUGUGCUGGCCGGGAUAUACCUCGUUAACGCUGUCAUUGCGCCACUUUUCAUAUUCUACAACUUGACAGCCGCGAACAUCGCAGGCGCAACCAAACGCACUUUCUGUGCUGCCGUAGUCAGCGGCUCUUUUUCAAUCGGCAACAUCAUCGGCCCGCAGACUUUCCAGGCUCGCGAUGCGCCUGAAUAUCGUCCGGCCAAGUACGCCGUCUUGGGAACCCAAGCUGGCUGCGCUUUCGUAACCUUUACGUUGUUCCUGUACUACUUUGCUAUGAAUCGGAAGCGUAAGGUAAUCGAGGCCAGUGUCGAGGAGCAGUAUAUGGAUCGCGAGGUUUGGGAAAGACUUACGGAUAAGGAGAACCCGAGAUUCAGGUAUGUGUACUGAAAAGUGGUAGCCUAGCUAGUGCGGAUAGCAGGCUCUCUAGAACGAUUGAUUGGCGAACUACAACGCCCGAAGCUUGAUUGUACACGGGAUUACGAAUGUCUUCAGCAGACUGGGGAACUUUCCCUAGCCGGAUGGUUCAAACAGGCAGGAAGAGCAACACUCUUGUAGAUGCUUCCAUAUCUCAUUUCGACGUUGGAGCUUAUCGUUUCCCUACCUGUUCAACACGCGCGGAGCCUCUUGUGUACUGCUUACCGUCAAUGAUGUCGCUAGUACUGCAAUGUUGAACUGAUUGCCUGUGC